UCUCUGUCUCUCUCUCUCUAGGUAAUCAUCUGUGGUCGACAGGUGAUGUGUAGUUACCUGUCUCAGGACAUUGAUCUGAGGGUUGUUCAGCACUAUGUGAAUCCAGAAGACCAGACGGUGGUUAAGGAACAUGUUGACUGUCUGGAGGCUGGGAGGAAGCUUCCCUCCUACGUCCUGGAGGACUCUGAGCUGACAGAGCUGUGUGUCAGAGCCAGAGGAGAUGAGGACUGGUCUCGGGAUGUCAGACUGGAGAGGAAAGAGAAGGAGAGGGGGAGUAGCUCUGUGGUACAGGUGCCUUGUUCCAGCGGCUCGUUGCUCUACGUGUGGUGCACCCUGAUCACCAUGGAAACGGACUCUCACAUGCAGCAGAGAGUGGUGGUAUUUAGUCCUCUGUUCAUGAUGCGAAGCCACCUUCCAGACCCUGUCAUCAUCCACACAGAGAAGAGAAGUCUGGGGCAGAGAGAGAGUCAACUGAUCCAGGGACAGGGACAUCAGGAACAACUACUGAACACUGAGAACGACCUGACACACCACCUCACCUUCCAGGCCAGUGAGGACGAGGGUGCGUCUCACUGUGCAGUGCCCAUCUCCACCGCUGUGAUCAAACAGAUAGUGAACAGUAAUCAGGCUGGGUUGGAAGACAGCCAGGAACACAUACUGGCCGACUUCUAUGGUCUGAAGAACAACAGCCAGCCUCCAUGGCCCUACGUCAGCAAGGACACAGACAGGCCUGGAUCAGAAGUCCUAGCCCAGUGGGACAGCCCCAUGCAGGUGAAGUUGUCCGUUUGGAGACCUGGUCUCAACACUCUUCUCGUAGAGCUCAUUCCCUGGGCCCUGUUAACCAACCACUCUACGUGGGACCUCUGGCUGUUUGAAGGGGAGACCAUCGUCCUGCAGAUACCCGCCGGAAAGACCCUCGUUCCUCCUAACUUCAAGGAGGCGUUUCAGCUGGGCAUCUACUGGUCCAACACUAACACGGUCCAUAAGUCUACAGCCCUGAAGCUGGUCCAUGACCUGACGUCUCCGCGCUGGAAGGAAGGUGUCAGUCCCGAGGUCCUCACCCUGGACGAGGAGGGCUAUGUGGAGGCAGAGAUCCCCCUGGGGAGGAGUCCUGGAAGACAGAAGGUUUGUCAGUUCUGCGUGUCGUCAGUGGUUAGACACGGCAUCCAGAUCAUCCAGAUAGAAGACAGGACCAUCCUGGUUAACAACACCCCCUACUUCCUGUCAUAUAGAGCCCUACUGUCUGACCAGGCCCUGGGGACCACAGACCAGGCCUGUCCUCUCCCAGACACAGCAGUGUUCAGCCUGGCUCCAGCAGGACAGAAGUCACCUUUCAGACCUGUCUCUGUGGCCUGCUGGGACCUGCUAAGAAAGGACGGGGAGAUCCCUCAGUUCCCUCUACCAACCAGACACAUGAUGUUCAGCUGCCUGCCCACCACAGACCCUGGACCUGUAGCCGGGUCUGAGUCCUGGAGCCUCCCGGCACCCAUCAGACCUGACUUCCCCAGGCAGAGUGUGGCCGUCCCCGGGGAGAUCUGCAGCAGCAGUGGUCUGAGCACCAGAGCGUUGGUGAUGACGUAUCAUGAACACCUGGGCAUCACCUACGUGACGCUGAACGAGGACCCCUGUCCUCACAUGGUCAUCCACAACCAGACCCCGCUCUCUAUGCUGCUCAGGGAGAAUGUCAAGGAACCCCCCAGGACAGAGGUGUACUGCCGGCCCCUCCCUGCCAACUCCUCCCUCCACCAUGGACUCUACCACCACUUCUCCAGCUUCCCUGACUGCAGACAGAGAGAGGCUCUACCCACCAUGCUGCUGAAGAUCAGUCCUAACCCAAACGUGGCCCCUGCUAACCCAAACGUGGCCCCUGCUAACCCAAACGUGGCCCCUGGCUCCAGUCUGCAGCCCGGCGACCUGCGGACGUCUCCAGAGUGGAGCGACCCCAUAGACAUCAACUGCCCCGGCACACAGGUGGUUUUCCUAGCAGGGUUUGGCUGUCUCUACAUAGACGUAGUCCAUCAGGGGGGCACAGUCAUCCUCACCCUGGCACCAGAGGGCAGCGUGGACUCUGUCAUGAGGCUGCACAACAGGACGUCCAAUCGGAAGCUGGCCUUCAGGGUGUUGCUGAGCGAGGCCAGUGUGUCGCUGAGUGAUGACAUCACCAGUCGUUCGGGUUCCGUGGAGCUCUUAAGGCUGACUGUGUCCAAACUGCUGCUGAACCUGUGUCCUGCCCGGCUGGGUGACUCUGGCAUGGGGCUGGUCACCGCCGGGAUGGGAGAGGCCUGUCUGGUGGAAGUCCACUGUGCCAACCUGCAGGUGGAUAACCAGCUGUAUAAUCGUGCCAGCUUCCACUUCCCAGUGUUGUUGUGCCAAGAGCAGAGUGUGGAGCUACCCCUCUGGACCAGCGAUGCCAACCCCACCACCUCACUACAGGCCCUGGAGGAGUUUAAGGCCUCGUGCUUCCUCCAACUGGGUCUCACCCUGGACAGGGAGGGUUACAGCGUGGACCAGCUGACCUUCCACAUCAAACCAGCCCGUCUGUACCUGGAGGACACCUUCGUUUACUACAUCAAGACUCUGUUUCACACCUACAUCCCAGACUCAGCCCUGGCCCCUUCCCCGGGCCCUAACCCCUCAGAGUACUACGGGGGUCCCCUGGUCCCGGUAACUGUCCUUCGGUCCAUCCCAGCCCUGGUGCACCCUCUGAGGCUGCAGCGACUGGUCAUUCAGCCGGUCAGUGUGUUGGUUAGCAUCCACGCCUCUCUGAAGCUCUACAUCGCCUCGGACCACACCCCGCUCUCCUUCUCCCUGUUCGACAGAGGACCGCUCUGUACCACAGCGAGACAGCUGAUCCACGCGCUCACCAUGCACUAUGCUGCCGGGGCGCUGUUCAGAGCUGGCUGGGUGGUGGGGUCUCUGGAUCUCCUUGGUAGUCCUGCCAGUCUGGUGAGGUCCAUCGGUAACGGAGUAGCAGACUUCUUCCGCCUGCCAUAUGAGGGUUUAACCCGGGGCCCCGGGGCCUUCGUCAGCGGAGUGUCGCGAGGAACCACCUCAUUCGUCAAACACAUCUCUAAAGGCACGCUGACAUCCAUCACCAACCUGGCGACCAGCCUGGCCAGGAACAUGGACCGGCUGUCCCUGGAUGAGGAACACUAUACCAGGCAGGAGGAGUGGAGGAGACAGCUACCUGAGAGCCUGGGGGACGGACUCAGACAGGGCCUGUCUAGACUGGGAAUCAGCCUACUGGGAGCGAUAGCUGGCAUCGUGGACCAACCCAUGCAGAACUUCCAGCGGGGUUCAGAGAUGCAGAGUUCAGCAGGCAGCAAGGCCAAAGGGGUCAUCUCUGGGGUGGGGAAAGGCAUCGUGGGGAUCUUUACCAAACCUAUAGGGGGCGCCGCAGAGCUGGUCUCGCAGACGGGAUACGGUAUCCUUCAUGGGGCUGGUCUCUGGCAGCUUCCCAAACAGCUGUACCUCCCAGCAGACCAGAAGUCAGCCCCUCGCCCCCAACAGUCACGUCAAAUACGUCUGGAAGUGGUUUCCUUCAGCACGGCCAGCAGAACCACCCUGCAUCCCACUGCUGGUUUGGCUCUGAGACUAAGCAGGUUUGGUUCUGGUCGUUCUGGGAGACCAGAUGGUUCUGGAAGUGGUUUCCUUCAGCACGGCCAGCAGAACCACCCUGCAUCCCACUGCUGGUUUGGCUCUGAGACUAAGCAGGUUUGGAAGAUGCUCCAGUCCCUGGGUCGUCCAGAGGUCCACAUGUCCCUGGAGGUGGUGAUAGUGUCUGGGUCGGGCCAGGAGCAUGCUGGGUGUCUGCUGCUGACAGGGGAGGUGGUGUUUGUGGUCAGUCUGUCUGAGGACACACAGCAGCAGGCUUUCCCCAUCACUGAGGUGGUCUGUCAACAAGACCCCCACCACCUGGGGGCGCUGACCCUCACGCUGCAGCAGCAGAGACUCACCAACGAUGUAGAGAGUGACAGUGGGAGGGAGUGGUUAUCAGAGCAGCAGUACAGUCGUCUGGUGGACUAUGUGACUCGUGCGUCUGCGUUCCUCUCCCCCUCGGCCUCGUCCCUCCAGCAGGCUCCUCCCAUCACCCCGGCCGAGCCUCCGCCCGCCGUCACCAAGACCUACCGUUACCUGGUCAACCCCGCCCACGCCUCCGUGUUCGUCUCCAAGUUUACCAUGGUCAAGAACAAGGCGCUGCGCAUCGGCUUCCACUGA